ACUACAUCCAAAGUCAAAGUAAACCUUCGUCCCCAAUGCUCUAAUGGAGGUCACCACCACUCAGUUCCCUAAAACCAACUAAAACUACUCACCCAAUCCCAAUGGACACAACAAAUCUUCUACUUGUCAUCAAUCUCUGCAUCUUCCUCAAUCUCCAUUUCUCUUUCUCCAAUUCUUCAAACGUACCAAUCGGAAUCCACCCUCUAGAUGAGAAGUACUUUGCUUCAGAGGUGAUUCAUUGCAAAGAUGGAUCGAAUUCGUUCACUAGAGACCGUAUUAACGAUGAAUUUUGUGACUGUGUUGAUGGUACUGAUGAACCUGGAACAUCUGCUUGUCCUACUGCAAAGUUUUAUUGCAGAAACGCAGGAAGUUCACCUCGGUUCUUAUUUUCCUCACGCGUGAAUGACCAAAUUUGCGAUUGUUGUGAUGGGAGUGAUGAGUAUGAUGGUGGCAUCAUUUGUCCUAAUACAUGUGUCAUGGGCGGGCAUACUGAAUACAAGGCAGUAAAUUAUAAUUCUCGAGUUAAAAGAUUUGGUUCUCGUGGCACUAAACAGAAAGGGGCUGGUUCCAACGGGGAAGACACGAAACAAAAACUCCAAGGUUUGAAGGUUUUGAUAUUCAUACAGGUGAUUCUUAUCGCCUUUUUAGUCUUCCUUUGUCAGUGUCGUUGGCGAGCCAAUUCCAGGAGGAGAAUUCCUCGUUGAUGAACGCCGAUUAUAUUAGUUUUAGUAUAACAUUUAGUUAAAAAUCUAGGAUGGUGUGAUUUCAUAACAAUCUUUAUGUAUACGUAGAGUUGGUUAGUUGUAGUGUAAAAGAGGGGCUGAAGACCCAUUGUGCUGGACUUGCAUAAACUCACAAUUUUCGUCUGAAAGGAUUGUUGUGGAUAUAUUUUUCAUACACAUUAAGAUAACACACAUUUGCGGAGGUCCAA